CUGUGAGGCAGAGCUGUGAGGUCCUUGUCUAUGAGGGCUUUUAAAGUUUCUAACCGUCCUUGUUUCUAACACUAAAAUGUCAAUGUCAGAAUCAUAGCCAACGGAAAAUGUAAAACUUACGUAAUGGCAUUAUGGAUACAAUUUGGUAUCAACUAUAAUCACAUUGCUGUACUGUAAAAUAAGUUUAAAACCAUUCGUGAGUCGAAGUGAAUAUUACGCCCAUUAUUACGCGGUUAUUUCAACCUAGGUUUUAUCAAAGAGUUAAACAAGAUGGUGGAAGCUGAAAUCAUCUCUGUAUUAUCUCAUGCGUAUUCAAGCAACGAUCCUUCAGUAUACGAAUUAAGUGAACCAAGCACGCAUACUAAGUCUGUGAAGCUCACUCCGGCUACUUUAGAUAAGCGACUAUUUUACAAAGUGAAAGUCAACGGAGUGAAUGUGACUCCAGAUAAUAUACUGGAUCCCGGGUACGCAACGCUAGAGGACCUGACUACACAUGCCGCGUUCGAUCAUAGGUCUCGAUCUAGGUUUGAUGCGGCUAUUAAAUAUACCAGAUCUAAGUCCAGGGCAGGUGUAGAAGCUAUUACCGGUGCAAAAGUCUAUGCUACUACCAUCAAUUUGGAUGAUAUCGAAAUUGAUGUCUCAAUCAACACUGAGGAAGGAGUAGAAAUAGAGGACAAGCUAGUUUCUCCUGCUCCAUCCGCAUUUUACUUACCAAAAUUGCCACCACUCACGACUUAUCCACCAGAAAUAUUUAUUACUCUCAAAGAAACUGAAACAGUUUUCUUAAUUUCUUUGCCGUGUUUAUCGUACGAAAAAGGAUCACGAGAAGGAAAUUUCAUAGAAGAGGAUAAUGCUUUUUAUGAUUACAUCACCCUAGGAAAAGGGAAAAAUAGAAAAAUAGUCAAUGAAGAAACACAAACUCAUAUAAAAAUGGUACAGACCAGACACACACUUGCGACGAGGCCCCAGAAAAAGAACGCGAUAUCAUUUGCGUCAAUGUGGGACAUGCACGACACUUAUGAACAAAUCGAACAAACGGUAGCUGAAGAAGAAGAUGAUGAAAUGGUAAUGUAUCAAUCUGCAGCAGCCCAUAUGUUACGGAAGAAAAGAAAAAAGAUCGAUGCUCACAAGCGUGUUGGAAAAACAUUUGAAGAGAUAGCAGCUACACAUCAAUAUUUAGAUGCUGUACUUUUAAUGGAACGAGUGCUCGCUUCAUUGGUAUUUGCUGCACAACAGAAGACGUUCCGAGGGGUCAUCGAUAUCGAUCCUUUAUCAUUGGAUUUAAUAUACAUAUAUACAUUGGCUAAGUUGUGGACAUAUGGCUGUGAGGAGACUCUGAACAAACCAAUCUCUAGCAUAUCUUUCAAUCCAAAGUAUCCAAACAUAUGUGCUAUAUCUCAUGGCAAAUUCGGUUACGCAGAUGUCUGUCAAGGUAUUGUUUGUAUUUGGAGCACAAAAAAUCCAAGAAAACCAGAGCGACUUUAUCGUUUUAAAGCACCGGUUACUUGUGUCAGUUUCUCGAAUAAAAAUCCAAACUGGUUGGCGUGUGGUUUCUGUGAUGGCGAUGUAAUAAUAUUAGAUAUUACUUCGUACUCUAUCAAAAUAAAAGCAAGAAGCAAACGUGAUACUAACCCUUGCUUCGAGCCCAUUUGGGUUAUAAAUUGGCGCUCUUUAGAUAGAGAAAGCGAAUUUGUGAUGACAGCAAGUCAAGACGGAAGAAUCCGUAGGUUUCAAAGUACAAAAACACAUGAGUUCAUCAGUACGCCCAUGAUGCGAGUAUCUGCCGUCGAAGGCAAGCUGAAGGGACUAGAAACUACCAAACCAUGUCCUAAACAUGAUGUGCCCAUUACUAGAUAUCCCGCGGUGUUUUGUAUGAUAUGGCACCCCACUAUAGACCACUGCUACCUGGUGGGCACAGACGAGGGCUGCAUACACAGAUGUUCCACGCACUAUCUCAACCAGCACAUAGACGUGUACCGCGCUCACGCGGGCCCCGUCACGGACUUGUGUAACUCACCCUUUAUGAGCUACUUGCUGGCUUCGUGUGGCGCUGACAAUGCUAUUCGGCUGUGGAUAGAAGGCAUGGAUGAUGUUAUAUUAACACUGACUUGCCAAAACGCUGUGAACGGUAUAGCAUUUUGUCCAAUAAAUGCUACUAUUUUGAUAUCUGCAAGUGGGAACACAUUAUCAGUUUGGGAUUUACGUCGAAAAACUCAUAUGCCAUGUGCUGAACACAAAUUUCCCCAUGAUGUAAUGUUGACGUAUAUAAGAUUUGCGCCCUGUGGACACAAUGUUUUUGUCGGGGACACGACGGGGAGGCUGCAUACUUUUCACUUGGAGGACACUCCUAUACCACCGUUUAAUCAACAAAAGCUAUUGGAUGAUGUGAUAAGAAAAGCUCUGUGCACCAGACCUCACAUGUUGAAGCAACUCGAUAAACUUAUGAGAUUCAAAAAGCGGAAAAGUUAUUAACGUAUCUUAACUGUCGUCAUUUUGUGUCUAGUCACUGCUUACCUACAUGUACAAUAUUUUAAUUUUGAGAACUUUAAGCUCAUUGCGAUUUUACAUAGAUUCAUUUUAAUCAUCCAAUUUAUCAAAUGUUAUUGAACGCUAUUGUUAUUGCUAUGUAAAUAUAUAUUAUACAUUUAUCAGCGUAAAUGUAAUGACCCGGGUAGGCACACAAAAACUGCAAUCAGCAAACGAGGCCAGUAGAUUACCAAAACAUUCAUGGACAACGUUCUAAAGUGUUGGUAAAAUCAUCAAGGGAGGUCUCGUCUUGACAGGAAUUAAA